AUGAGUCUGUUGGGCAGCCUGGAUUCCUUGCCCGGGACCCCACUGCAGUCCAGCAAGGCCAGGAUGAAAAAGCUGCCGAAAAAGAGCCAGAACGUCAAGUACCGGCUCAAGUACCUCCGGCUGCGGAAGGCGGCAAAAGCCACGGUGUUUGAAAAUGCUGCUAUUUGUGAUGAAAUUGCUCGUCUUGAGGAAAAAUUUCUUAAAGCAAAAGAAGAAAGGAGGUACUUGCUGAAGAAGCUCCUCCAGCUUCAGGCACUCACUGAAGGGGAAGCACAGGCCUCAGCUCCUCCUCAUAGCUCCAGUUUGCCCCUCACGUUUGGUGUGGCCAGCUCUGUGGGAACUGUACAGGGAGCUGGGCCCAUUUCCGGACCCAGUACUGGGGCUGAGGAGCCAUUUGGGAAGAAAUCCAAAAAGGAGAAAAAAGAAAAAGGCAAAGAAAACAGCAAACUGGAAGUUCUGAAGAAAACAUCCAAGAAAAAGAAAAUGGAGGGAGGUGCUCGCAAGCUGGUUCAGCCCAUUGCUCUGGAUCCCUCAGGACGGCCUGUGUUCCCCAUCGGACUGGGGGGUCUAACAGUAUAUAGCCUGGGGGAGAUCAUCACCGACCGACCUGGCUUCCAUGAUGGAGUUGCCAUCUACCCUGUGGGCUACUGCAGUACUCGCAUGUAUGUCAGCAUGAAGCAUCCAGACCAGAAGUGUCUGUACACCUGCCAGAUCAAAGAUGGGGGUAUGCAGCCACAGUUUGAAAUUGUUCCUGAAGAUGACCCCCAGAAUGCCAUUGUCAGCUUUUCUGCAGAUAUUUGUCACGCAGAACUGCUCAAGACCAUCAGUUCAUCUGUGGGGAAGUUAAUGCCCAGUCUGCUUCCAUCAGGAGCUGACUUUUUUGGGUUCUCACAUCCAACCAUCCACAACCUGAUCCAGAGUUGUCCAGGAGCUCGAAAAUGUGUCAAUUACCAGUGGGUGAAGUUUGAUGUGUGCAAACCUGGAGAUGAGCAGCUACCCCACGGACUGCUGGAAGACAAUGCUGCUGUGAGCUUUGAAGCCUUGCAGAGACAGAUUUUUGAUGACGAUCCGAAUGAUGCCAUUCUGCCAGGAUCCUUGGACCUCCCAGAGCUUCAGCCUGCGAACUUUGUGGCUUCUUACCAACCCGUGUUCUUGACCCAUGAGCCCCUGGUGGAUACUUCUCUGCAGCACUUGAAGCCUCUGGCACAGUGUAGCCCAGCUCAGUCUUCAGACUGA